UGCUUCACUGCGUGGCUUCUCUCUCAACCGCGCCCCCUUUCUCUUCGGCCCAACCUCGCGGCUGCGUGCUUGGAAGGGGAAGAGAGUCGAACGCGAGGGGCUCGGUGCGUGUGCGAGCGCGGCUGGGGCGGCUUGCCUGCGAAACAAGAACGACCGCGGAAUGACGACUGCUGCCGGCGGCGGGCCGACCCCGAGGAACCGUGCACGGUGACGCGCGCGUUUGUGACGUGCCCUCUGUGUCCAGCAGCGUCGGCGAUCAACAACAACAAAGGCAAGCGACCACGACCGCGCCAGUCCCAGCGCGGUUUUUCGUCGACGAGCGAAGCGUCAUCGCGAGUCGCCACCGCAUGGAUUAACAACCCGAGCUCUCCUUCUCCUCGGCACGACUUCGACGCGUCUAGGUCGGCGACGACGCGUAAACAACGGGGAAUGGAUGACCACCACCCAGGAGGGGGAGGAGGCGGCGGCGGAGGCAGCCUACCCAUGAGCCCGUCCUGGCGCAGCGCUCACUUCCCGCCUCACUCGCAGAUGGGCUGGCCGCUAUCCAUGACCCUCGCCGACCUGCACGACGACACCCUCCUGCCCACGGGGCUCGGCAACGACCCGCGCCAGUGGAGCAAGCACAACGUGUCCAUGUGGCUCGAGUGGUGCACCGAACAGUUCUCCCUGGUGCCCACGGACUCGGAGAACUUCCACAUGAACGGAAAGGCGCUGUGCCUGCUGUCCAAGGCUGACUUUCUGGAGCGAGCCCCAAAGGCAGGCGACGUCCUCUUCAAUGCCCUUCAGCUCCUUCUCCAUAGGGCUCUUCACACAGCCCGGCUCACCAAUGGUACGCAUGGCAAUGGGUCUGUGCCCCGAAGCACAGUCAUCACAAGAGAUAUCCAGGGGUACGGCCAGGUGUUGCUGCAGGACCCAACAUCUUACACCCAGCCCCUGCAGGUGUCUCCCCUGUCAGCCGAGGUGGACAGCACCGUGAUCCUGAGUCCCGACCCCAGCUCGGGUGGCGAGAGCGUCCAGAGUGAUUCCGCUGGCAUGCAGGCUGGCAGCAGCACACCAGCAUCCAACGGAGGAUUUGCCUCUGCCAAGAACUCCUCUCCACCUCCGUCCCUCGCAGCCACGCCCCUGCUGGUGGAUAAGCAGUAUCGUCUCCAGCUACGCAGAGAGCAGGCCCAACUACGCAGGAAGCAGGCGAGAAAGGGUGUCGUGGAUCUGGUGCGGCGAAGUCCGACACCGCCGACUCAAGUCGCAUUCCCGCCGAGGGGAGGGGUGUCGGCGUUCCCCGGCAUGAUCCCCGAUGUGUCGCUGCACCCCAUGAUGCCACCCGUCGCUGCCAAGCCACCACAACUUCAACCGCCCAUGGCACUCAACAUGCCUCCAGUGAGACCGCCCACGACUGGCCGGGUUGUUGCUGAUGCACCAGGUGAUAAGAUGAGUGUCCGCUUGCUGUGGGACUUCCUGCAACAGCUGCUGAACGACCCCGAGCAGAGGUACCACUACUGCAUAACGUGGAAGGACGAGGAGGAGGGCGUCUUCAAGAUAACCGACCCGCAUCGGCUGGCCAAGCUGUGGGGCAUGCAGAAGAACCACCUGAACAUGAACUUUGACAAGAUGUCGCGUGCCAUGCGCUACUACUACCGAGUCAAGAUCCUCCAGAAGGAGCCUGGCGAGCGACUCUGUUACAGGUUCCUUCGGCCACCUAAGGAGUUGCGGUACUGCAAGCAGCGGUCACUCUUGGAGCAAGCAGAGUCUGAUGCUGCCACAGCAGCUCGGGAGGCAGAGGAGGAAGAGGCCUCGAGUGCCCUGGACAUGAGCAUCAAGGAAGAGUGCCUUUCGCCCCGUCUAGAGAACGACUGAGCACACACCUCCCGUGCCUUGCUUCCUUUCUUCGUACGGUACCUGCUGCAAGUCUGCCUUCCCCGUCUUGAAAUCCACCGAGUGCCUCACGUGGCACGUACUGCAAAGCCCUCUCCUUGGUGCCUGAUGAAGAAACUGUUCACAGACACAUCUCGUGUCUCUUUUUGUUACUUUUAGCUGAGACAAUGUGUGACAGUGACGAUCUUCGGUGCGGUGGUAAAAUGAAGCUGCAUCACCCGGUGUCUGUGACGAAAAGUUAUCCUCGGUCAUCGUCCCCAUUUGUGUGAAGCACCGCAAAGGUCCCUACAGAGUCCACUCAGGUGUUUUGUGCUGCGCCUCUCGUGGCAUCAGUGAUCUUGGAGCAGUGGCAUCAGGUGUUGUGCGUACUGCUGCUGUGGAUGCGACGUUUUUUUUUUUACUAUGUGUGAGCGAAUGCAGCAUCACGAGGAGUACCUACAAAUGUGCACUGGUCUGCGAAACCAAUGGUGGCAGCAAGCAACCUCAGGACAACAGUGGUGACUUUUUCGAGAACUUAUUCGUGGGCUCUAAUUGAGCGAACAAUUUCUCCGCAAGUGCACAUCGCUGUGACCAGCAUCAACCGUCCUGUGAAGCAGACACAUUGAACAAAUGCAGUGGGAAAGGCUAGUUAUCCACAUUGUAGAUGGUGAAUGUAUGCACAUGACGUGUACGUGUAUGUUUGUGUAUGUAAGGAUUUGCACAGUGCCUUGAGAAGCCAUCGCAAACUUCCACACAGAUAUAUUGCUCAUGGUGCCAUGCAGCGGCACUGUCUGUACAACUACGUGACCGGUGCGACGUCACAUUACGAGACAAGAUUUCAGAGACCAUUUUUGGACCCUGCACGUUUGGUAGUGUGUCUUCUGCACUGCGGGGUUUCGACGUGUGCAGUUGUCUGAUUUGAUUUGCAUUUUUUAUGCGGGAUAGUUUGGUUAUAAGUAGGUAUCUUCACGGGGGGACGUGCUGAUCUCAAUGGCAAUAGUUAGCUACAUUGGUUCAAAACUAGUGCAGAAAACAUGUGAUGUGCCAUUCAUUUGCUGCGGAAUUCUUGUGUCCCUAAAGGGUGGACUUGAGAUUUUUAAAGACAACUGAGCGCAGAUAGCUGCUUCGUGGGUCAGCUUUUUUUUUUCUUUGUUUUUAGUGAGCGAGUUUUUAUCCUUGUUUCUGUUUUGUUGUUUCUUUUUAUGUAAACCAUAAAAAAGUAAUCCUAGCAAAUCACUCUUCCUUUUCGUUUUGUUUCUCAGUCAUCAUUUGUUUAGGUUUGCACUUUGUCAUCAUCAUCAAUUAUAAUUGACUGAAAAAUAAGGGUAAUUGCAAAAGGAGCAGUCAUGAUAUUCAUAGUUCAUUUGUACGCGAUUUAGUGAGUGCACUCGUCAAAAAAGUGAAUUGUGCUGAGCUGUCGCUGGUCUCUUCAAAUACAGUCAAACUCUGAUAUAUAGGGGAUAACAAUAUCAUUCUGUCUAUUGAUAAUAUUAAACGUGAAGUGCACCUGAUCAUGUUUGGCUUUUCCAAGAUUGCUAAAGCGUUGCUUCUCAAAUUGACUUUGCUUCUGAAAAAUGGACCGAGUAAGAAUUAACUGGUUAUAGCAAAACUUAACUGAUUAUAGCAAAACCUCGCGGAUGAAAAUUGAUGCGAAAAAGUGUAACUGCAUUUCUUUUGACUUCUUUUGACUAUUGCAAGGAUAAAAUAAUCUGCGCUUACCCAAAACUUAUAAUCCUAUCUGCGGGGCUCCUGGUUAGUUCAGCUGGUUGAGUGACUUCUCAGAAAAGCAUUGGUCCCAGCUCUGAAUCCCGUACAGGACAAAUGCAUCGCCAGCUGGCAAGGUAUUUCAAAAAAAAAAAAAAGAAAUCCGUGUGCACUUACUUUAUGUCCUCAUGCUACAAAUAAGUGGAUGACAAUUGUUUCCUUUCAUAAAAUAUGCCUAUCUGUAGCUUAUCGAAAAACUCACACGAGAAUUUUCAGAGGCAGGAAUUUGCUGUUUCUCAAAGGCUGUGUUCAAACCGUGACAGUUUACAUACUUAUUUUUCAUCUGUGCCCGUUUGAAGGAUGCGCAUAUCAGGUAGUGAGGCCUUUCGCCUUCUUGAGUUUGUUUAGCGGUCCUCCUUGUGAUAACAAAUGGCCACAGGCAGGAUGUUCCAAUGCGCGAUGCCUACCUUUUCUCUGCUAUUUAAUAUUUUUCACCACAUUGCAAGUCUCUGUUGUGGUGAAGCUUAUUAAAGCAUAUUCAUCAAUUAUGGAGCUCAAAUAAAAUUCCUGCUGUAUGAGCAUCAACAUCUUGAAAUGAACAGAUUGUCAUUUUUAUUUCUCAGUGGCUAAUACGGUGCUUUACUCUUUGGAUACAAUUUUCAAGGCAAUAUUACAAUAUCCGAGUUUGACUGUAUUUGUUGACCUUACAGAAUUUCCGUUUUUUCUUGCACCUGUAAUGAAUGAAAAGUUAAUUACAAAAAUAAGCAUCAAGAUUUGCCCAAUGUGCUUUGUGCAAUACGCCAUAUCUUAAAGACGUUAUGACAGUGUGUACGUCUCUCUUCAUUGCUAUUCAUUGUGAUCGGCAUGACACUUGUUUUUGUUUACACCUUGCAGCACAUGGCAACUGCAUUCUUCCUUACUUUCAGAUCCUUUGUUUCAAACUAUCCGAGGUGGAGUUUCUUAGCUGUCUUUUCAUCCUUUCCUCUGUUGCAGUUGUUUUAAAUGCUUUGCAGAAUUAAGGUACAGUGCUCACGUGCCCACAAGUUGCAUUACAGCACUGGAAAUGCAAUGCCAGUAAACAAUGACCACAAGUUGGAGAUGUAUACAACAACAACAAUGGUACCGUAUUGAAAUUUUAUUGAUUAGUCUUCCAAAUUGCCUUCUUUUACGUUUGGUCAUUGGCUCCUGGUCUUGUGUUUUUAGUCAUUUAUAAUGUGCCCUAGUUCAGCCCUAUUGCAUUCCUCUUCUAGAGAAAGUGUUAUGCGACUGACUUCCGUUAAUUUAACUCUGAUGGGAGUGACAAAGUUGGCAACAUUAUCUGGCAGAUAGACUCAAACAAGAGGAAGAAGAAAUGCCAAGAUGCAUACACCGCCAGUUCAUUAGGUUGCACGUGCUGCUAUUAUAACACAUCCUCAAAAUGAACUGGAGCCCACUUUUUGGGGAGGACCCAAGAAUUAUAAAAACUAACGUGACAAUCAGAUUAGACCAGCAGACGUUAGUUUCACAGAAAAGCAAUUAAUUUGCCAUAUGUCAAUUGUUAUCACCUGUGGAUAGCAUUUUACUGCAGCCUGUGAAGAACUGCAAUAUAUUUUCCUCUGAAUGGUACAUGGCUUGCUCGAUAAUCUGCGUUUACUAAAUGACUCUUUAACAGUCGUAAAUAGGAUAGUGGCCCACACCUAGACUAACCAUUCGUCUAGUACAUCCUGGGAUGCAUGUAAUACACCUGGCUGCCAAAAAGAUGCAACAUGACUUGUUGGUGCUAGCUUAAUCUUAUAUGUAACUUAUAAACUGAAUGGGCGUUCUUAAUCAGAUAAAAAGUGUCGUCACCAUACUACGAUUCUUCUCUUGCCAAUCAUGGUUGCCAUCUUGACAGCAACGGCGAUGAUAAUGGCUGUGCUGGUUCUAAUGUAGACUGCUACGAAAGCGGCUUUUAUUUUCUUGUUGGAUUGUACUAUUUGUGCAAUUUUCAGGAACAUUUUGUUGAGAGCCACACAAUUUUGUUGAGAGCCACACGGCACACGUCAGCAUCGGGUAAAUGGUGUGAUUAUUACUUCUGAGCUACCAUUCUCGCUUUGAAGCCUUCAAAGUAGGCUCUGCAUUCAUUGAUGUCAGGCACAUGUCACGUUUUACUUAUCCAGCAAACGGAAAAUUUAGGAUUGAAAUCCGCCUUUGUCAUGAUGUCAUGGCGCAUGUGUCCUUCCCCUAGCUGAAAAGUUGCAAAACACAUCUUGACCUCGGAGGCUUUCAUUCUGGCAAUACUGGUUGUCCCGGCCUCUACCAGGAGGCAGCACAUGAAAAUGAAAAAGGCAGAUUACAAAACUAGAGUCCCAUUAAAUUGUAUGGAUGCUGGCUCGGACCCAUCAAGCGGGUUUGAAAUAACCAAAACAAAAAACAUUGUCAUCAGAGUUGAAUUGAUGGAAGCGUACUGUAUUUUACUUGCCCUGUCUACCACGGACCCUGCCUUCCCACCCUACGACUGUUGCAACUGUUCUUCUGCUAAGUCCCAUUUGAGUUUCAUUUCUUAGGUUUUGUCGUCAUAUUGUAUACUUAUUUGGGCAUUUAUUGACAUCACCGGGUACGACAAGGCCUUAAACACUGGCUGAAACAUCAUCUAACGUUGAACAUGUCUUCCAUGUUUAGCUCUCUAUUUCAAGCUUGCAGGGAGUGUGUUAGUCAUGGCAGAGAUGUGUUCAUGACAGGCCCAAUGCUUGUGCAGAAUGGCUAUGAGCCUUAAGCUGUGGUGUGAUUAAAAAUCGUCAUGCAACAUA